AAGAGAAAAAAAAGUUCCUGUAAGGCACUGAAACAAUAAAUCUCCUCUCUGCUGAACUCCCAAAGGGAGUGUGUGUAUUUCCUCCCGUUCUUUAUCAGAGCCCCCGAAAUAAGUGGGAAUGGGCAGUGGCUGCUCACACUCCGCGCACCUUUUCCAUUUGCUAAUAAGGCCCGGCCAGGCUGGAAGGGAGUUGUCCCUGUCUCACUCUGGAGAAAAGCGCCACUGAGACGAUCCACAAGACGAUCCUCGAGCACCAUGAAACUCAUUCAAGUGACCAUCCUUUGUCUUCUUCUGCCCAGUCUCUGUAGCAGUAACAACACCACAGAUGUUGGAAAUACAGCCCCUCAAGGAUUAACAUCAACAGCGGUUCCUUCAGCAACUGCAUCUGUACUAACAACAACCACAAUGUCAAAUACUGUUACGGAAUCAACAAGUGAAAUGUCUAUAGGAACAACCAGUAAGAAACUCUCAAGUACAUCUUUGCAGCCAACACAUUCUUCGUUAACGGCAACACUUAAAAGUGAAGGAGCCACAACCAGUGUCAUCACGAAGAUUGAGGUAACUGUCACAAAUGCAACAGUGACAAAGAUUCCACUUUCAAAUGUUUCUUCAACAUUACAAAGUUCCCAACACAAGACUGAGAAUCAGAGUUCAAUCAAAACAGCAGGAACACCAGGGGAAGGUUCUCUACCUCCAGAGGGGUCAACUUCUCAUACCAGUACAUCACCCUCAGUCUCAGUAACAAUGCCAGGAAACAACUCCCAGUUUCAAGGUACUGAAGAUGCAAAAAACGCAAGCUCUUCUUCAGUCAACCCCUCUUACUCCAGUAUUAUUUUGCCAGUGGUGAUUGCUUUGAUUGCAGUGACACUUUCUGCAUUUGUUCUUGUGGGUUUGUAUCGAAUGUGCUGGAAGACAGACCCAGGCACACCAGAAAAUGGAAAUGACCAACCUCAGUCCGAUAAAGAGAGUGUGAAGCUUCUCACUGUUAAGACGAUUUCUCAUGAGUCUGGUGAGCACUCUGCACAAGGAAAAUCCAAGAACUGACAGCUUGAUGAAUCCUCCCCACACCUGGGCAAUAAAUAUGCUUAAUCUUCAGCUUCUGUGCUCCAGGGAUAAGAAGGGAUAUUCAAUUUGUGGACUCAAUCCUGACUUCCAUUCCUGCUCUCCAGUCUGUGCCAGUCACCUGUCCCAAUAAAGUGAUGUCCAGAUGACACGCAAUAAUUUUAGAGAAUCACAAAGAAGCCUGGGCCUCUCCCAUCAUUUGAGAAGUGAAAAAGCACAUUCUUACAUUUUACAGGAAUAUUCUUAGGAGAUUGAAUUUUAGGAAGGAUAUUUGUGAGCAGUUAUCCUGACAGCCUAGGCAGGUGGGUUCAUGAUGACAUGACCUUCGAGUUUAAAGUUUCCAGAGCCAACAGUUCUUAUCCAUGGAGACUUUCCUAUUUUCUUGGUGUUCUUAUAUUACCUGACGUUUGUAUUUAUUGUUUUGUACUAUGUUAAUGCAGGGACAAUUUGCAAGUGUAUUAUUAAAUUUAGGUAGAAAUCAUGCCAUGCCACUUUGUACAUAAAGAUACUUUAUUUGUAUUUUCAUGUGUUACUUUUAAUAAAUACUUACUAUAUUCAACUCACUAAAAAUAACAUACUGUGACUGUGAAAAUGGCAAUGGUAUAGUCUUCCCAUAAUUAUGAAUAUUUAGGGGCUGAUUAUUUGAAUAUGAGAAUUCACUAAUGAAAGGCAUCUGUAAUAAGUGAGAAAGGAGCAAAGGAUUCACAAAUCAGACUCCAUGAAAGAGAAGUCAGUUUACCAUUUAUUUGGUCUUUCUAUUUGUAAUUCACACUGUGACAAGGAUGUAAGGGGCAUUUAUGACACUCUGUACUGCAUUCAUUAAGAUGAUAACAGGAUUGAGAUUUUCCAUAAUCAAUUUGGUUGACAGUAUGUGCAUUUUUAUUUUUUUUCUUUAAUUUUUUUUAGGAAUGUAAUGAUUUGUUCUAGCAGUUAUCAUCAAAUCCCCAGUUUGUAGAAACCAACACUUCAUAAAUAUGUAAUUAUGAUAUUA